GGGCUCGGGGGCGCGGCGGGACCCCCCCGCGCGGUGCCGCUGUGGGCGCGCCCGGAGCCGCCCGCAGGCCGGGGCGGAACGUGCGGCGGGCGGCAGCGAUGGCGGCGGCCGAGGUGGCGCGGCAGGGUGAAGGCUGUCGUACUGUCCCGCUUUCUGGACAUGUAGGAUUUGAUAGCUUGCCUGACCAGCUGGUUAAUAAGUCAGUUAAUCAUGGGUUUUGUUUCAACAUCCUGUGUGUGGGGGAAACUGGCCUUGGUAAGUCCACCCUCAUGGACACCCUUUUCAACACCAAGUUUGAAGGUGACCCAGCUUCUCACUCACAGCCUGGAGUCCAGCUGAAAUCCAGUACCUAUGACCUGCAGGAGAGCAAUGUCAACCUCAAGCUGACUAUUGUAAGCACAGUGGGCUUUGGGGAUCAGAUCAACAAAGAGGACAGCUAUAAGCCCAUCGUUGAGUUCAUUGAUGCUCAGUUUGAAGCCUACUUGCAGGAGGAACUGAAGAUAAAAAGAGUCUUGCACAACUACCAUGACACUCGAAUCCACGCUUGCUUGUACUUCAUUGCUCCAACAGGCCAUUCCCUGAAAUCUCUGGACUUGGUAACGAUGAAGAAGCUCGACAGUAAGGUGAACAUCAUUCCCAUCAUUGCCAAAUCUGAUGCUAUUUCCAAGAGUGAGCUGACCAAGUUUAAAAUUAAAAUCACAAGUGAGCUGGUCAGUAAUGGGGUGCAGAUCUACCAGUUCCCAACAGAUGAUGAAUCAGUGGCAGAGAUAAAUGGGACAAUGAAUGCCCACUUGCCUUUUGCAGUGAUCGGGAGUACGGAGGAGCUGAAAAUAGGAAACAAAAUGAUGAAAGCUCGUCAGUACCCUUGGGGCACAGUGCAGGUGGAGAAUGAGGCUCACUGCGACUUUGUGAAGCUGCGGGAGAUGCUGAUCCGUGUGAACAUGGAAGACCUUCGUGAGCAGACUCACACACGCCACUAUGAGCUCUACAGGCGAUGUAAACUGGAAGAGAUGGGUUUCAAGGACACUGAUCCAGACAGCAAACCCUUCAGCUUACAAGAAACCUAUGAAGCCAAAAGAAAUGAGUUUCUAGGAGAACUGCAGAAAAAGGAAGAGGCAAUGAGACAGAUGUUUGUCCAGAGGGUCAAGGAAAAAGAAGCAGAAUUGAAGGAGGCUGAAAAAGAGCUGCAUGAAAAGUUUGAUCGCCUGAAAAAACUGCAUCAGGAUGAAAAGAAGAAGCUAGAGGACAAGAAGAAGUCUCUGGAUGAUGAAGUAAAUGCAUUUAAACAAAGGAAGACAGCAGCGGAAUUGCUUCAGUCACAGGCUCAGCAGGCUGGAGGAUCGCAAACUCUUAAAAGGGAUAAAGAAAGGAAAAAUAACCCAUGGCUCUGUACUGAGUAAUUACCCCUGAAUACAAUGGCCUGGAAUGGACCUUCAUUUACUUGUUAAAUCGGAGGGUCUAAUAAAACGUGACAGCAUUUCAGCUGUGACCUUUCCAGGGUGUUAUCCUUGCUCUGUCCUAUGUCCUCGUUGUGAUUCUGUCUUUACUAUGUACUGGUGGUUAUUGCUUUUAUUAAACAAUGUAAAAUUAGUCAUAACAAGAUUCUGGAUGCUACAGCUUUAAAUCCUGCCAUAUUUUUUCCCCCUACAAUUAAUGGAUUUCCAUUUUUCCUGGUCUCAUUCCACCUAGCUAAAUAAGGGAUAUGGAAAUAAGUUCUGUGAGUUAUUUUUGCUGGCGAAAUAACAACGCAGUUUAAAUAUAUUUAUUGAUGACAUUAAAAUGACAACAUGAUCUUAGUUUAAUUAUCACGUAGUUCAGAGAUAAAACACUCUUUUCUCAUUAUAUUUGGUGUCAUUUUCAUGACAUCGUCUGUCUUUUGUCAUUUGCUUUUAUUGUUUUCUUUUGCUAAUUUAUCCUUUCUGAAGACUAGCAUGUAAAUCCUCAUUUCCAUUUCAGACUUGCUUGUUGUGGCCCUGAUCCUUCAGUUGUGCUGAGGGCAGGCUCAGUGCUCGGUAUGUGGUGAAUCCACACAUCCUGCCCCUGCUGAAAGAUCAGAUGUGUGCUGCCAGGCAGCCUCCACAAACCCCCUCCAUGUCCUGGGGAUUUAGAAGAUAAGCACACCACGUCAGGCCUGGCCCUGAAAGGUGACGCUGUUUAGUGCCGGCUGCUGCUGAGGUUUUACCAGAGCAGUGCUCUGGGUGAUGCCACAGGUUCAGGAGCAGUCUCAGCAGAGGGUCAGCCUGGCUCCUGCUCACAGCAGCCGCCCCAGCUCAAAUCAUGGCCUGGCCUCCGUUCCCAGCAGUCAGGGCAGUCCAAACUCUUGAUUGUCAUUAUUUUCUCAGGUAUCCUGUUUCACCAUAAAUACAAUUUCAUUUCCCUUAGAGUUCUUUGAUUGCUUUGUGGUUUGUUUGGAACUUUUUUAGCAAGUUAAAGUGAUUUGAAUAUUUUCUUCUUCCUCUAGUUUUGAAUAUUUCCCUGCUCCCAAAACCAGUCAGUCUUAAUCUUUCAAUGAUUUCUGGAUUACCUGCUAAAAGGACAAUUGAAUGUGACUUUUUUUACCAUACUGCAGUCACUGUUCUUCCUGACCAUUUGCCUUACUAAAAUGUUAUUUAAAGUUGUGCGAAAUCUUUUAAAAGGCUUUAAAGAAAAAAAGGUUUUUACUUGUGUGAUUUCCCUGAAGUACCUGAGGUACCAGAAGGAGGUUCCAUCUCUCCUCUGUCAGCUGUUUCCAUGUUGCAUCUCUGUCUUGCUUUUUAAAUGUCUUUCUCUUUUUUGCUAAUCUUCUGUUUUUUUCUCUUUUGUCCCCUUUUCUCUCU